CCCAGAGGUCUUGUUUCUUUAUGUGAUGGGGUGGGGCGACCUGGGGGUAUAUGGAGAACCUUCCAGAGAGACCCCGAAUUUGGACCAGAUGGCUGCAGAAGGGAUGCUUUUCCCAAACUUCUACUCAGCCAACCCGCUGUGCUCACCAUCGCGGGCAGCUCUGCUCACGGGACGCCUGCCCAUCCGCAGCGGCUUCUACACCACCAACGGGCACGCAAGAAACGCCUACACGCCGCAGGAGAUCGUGGGCGGCGUCCCAGACGAGGAGCACCUGCUGCCCGAGCUGCUGAAGGGGGCCGGCUACGCCAGCAAGAUUGUGGGCAAGUGGCAUCUGGGCCACAGGCCUCAGUUCCACCCCCUGAAGCAUGGAUUCGACGAGUGGUUUGGAUCCCCCAACUGUCACUUUGGACCUUAUGACAACAGGGCCAGGCCCAACAUCCCUGUGUACAGGGACUGGGAGAUGGUCGGCAGAUAUUAUGAGGAAUUUCCAAUCAAUCUGAAGACUGGGGAAGCCAACCUCACGCAGGUGUACUUGCAGGAAGCUCUGGACUUCAUGAAGAGGCAGCAGGCGGCUCAGCGCCCCUUCUUCCUCUACUGGGCCAUCGAUGCCACUCACGCACCUGUUUAUGCUUCUCGGCCCUUCUUGGGCACCAGCCGGCGAGGGCGGUACGGGGACGCUGUCCGGGAGAUCGACGACAGUGUUGGGAAAAUCCUGAGGCAUCUUCGGGACCUGAGGAUCACAGAGAACACGUUUGUUUUCUUCACGUCUGACAACGGCGCUGCCCUCAUUUCUGCUCCUAAACAAGGCCAGUGUUCCACGCACCCUCGCCUCUGCAGAUGGGGCUGCCCUGGGGACCCCGGGAUUUCUGAGGCUCCAUCAGGGCCACUCACCCACCCUGGUUAGAGUGUGAAGGGGCCAGCCUGGGGCCUGUCCAAUGAGGGAGACGCCCGCUCCUUCCUGGGGGCCCUAGUCUGGUGGGAACAGACUGUCACACAGGAGACCGGCAGGGGCCACCAACACCCACAAUACAUGGAGUACUCUUCUCUCCUAAAAGGCCAGAGCGUCUCCAGACCUCAUGGGAAGUGGUGUCUAGGAGAGCAGGGACCCAGCCCCCCACCCCACAGUGCUGGCUUGGCUCAGCGAGGGUAUCUCCACAGGGCCGUGACCCCCUGGGGCUGCUCAGCAAGCUCUCAGGCUGUUCUGUCUUGUUGAGCAAGGAGGUCCCACCCUCGUGUC